UGAUUGUCUAUGCAAUCCCAUUGGUUGUUUACCUGGUCACCAGCCAACAGAUAAUAGUAAGAGUUGAAUCAAAGAUCUAAAUAUAAAUCAUGGUUAAUAAUGAUGUGGGCGACUUACACCACAUUAGGCGUAAUGGAAAUGCCAAAUCUACACAUAAACCCGUUUAUCAUCAUCCUCCUACCGUUAGUUCCAGAUAUGUCCUUACUUCUCUGUAGAGGAGCCGAGAAUUCGCCUAUCACUCCACUCAGAAUAGCAGCAACUCGUCUUUGUGUCGCUUUCCUCAAUCAAUGCUUAGGGUCGUGUCUACCCCUCUUCAUCACUUUUUUCGCACACUCUUUCUCCGUCUAUCUUUAUCUCUGGCGGUGUGGAAGGCGUUGUGGAUUGUGUGGCGUAGCGGGAACAAUGAUUCGGGCUCGAACGCUACAAAGAUAUUCCAUUUUAAGGGAAUUGAAAGAACUUCCACGUAUGCCUGGGUAAACGUGGCUCAGACGAUGUGUCGGAGGUUGUAUAUAGGUAUGCUCCAAUCCGUGAAAUCUUUGCUUGCGCGACUUAAGACUUUAAUGGUUUUGGCUGAUAGCGUCGCGUGAUUGGCUGUUGUGACUUGUGGCGUAGAGAUGUCGCCACAGUGGAAUCCAAAAUGGUACAGAUCUAAUCAAAUUUUAUCCCAUCUACUUUUCCGGUGACAAUGAGUCUCCAUGUUGUUUGAAUCUUUCCUUAAAAUGUGAUAGAAGUACUCUUAUUCCGAUACUCUACAUAGGGAAUCAGAUGACAGUCGUAGAGAGAUGUUGAGUUCACGUAGCGUAACGUAACGUUAAUCUGGAAAGCUUUCCAUGCAAUACGGAGCAUUCUUCUUCUAGAGUUCGCACCAGUUUGAAUAGAAACUAACGUAAAAAAAACUUACAUUUCACUACAUAGGUAUAAAGGCUCCAAAAGUUAUGUUCUCUCUCUGUAUGUACUCGAUUAUCUCGAAAAGCUGUUUUCGGAUUAUGUUCCUGUUUGAAAUGUUAGAAAGAGGGUUGCUAAGAAAGGUUUGUAGAUAUCUAUCAAACCUACCUGUGAGGAGCCAGUUCAUCAAUGGCACUUGCAAACUAUUUAUUUGACUUCACAAAGGCGGACAACGUUGAUGUAUGGCAAGAGCAGUCAGAUACAGUUAGAGACGUGGGAAUGUCCAAAGCAGUUCUGAUAAUUCAUCAAAACAAGGGAUUCAGAAGAGCCAUUUUUUUCGUUUUGUUGAAUCCACAAAUGAAUGGCGCUGGUUUUGCUGGUAUAAGAGCCUUACAAACAUAUGAUUUAAGGAAUUACACAAAAUUACAAAUAAGAUGCAGGGGCCAGGGACAAUAUAACGGUUACAAAGUAGUAUUGAGACAUAAAGGCCUCAAUGAUGAACCAAAUUAUUCAUUCGAGCAAUACUUUCAGGCUCCAAAAGAUGAAUUUGCAGAGAGCAACCUUCUAUUUUCGGAUUUUAAAGCAUACUACCGAGGAAAACGGGUAACUAACAAUGAAACGUUAGAUUUAUCUCAAGUAACAAGUCUCGGUAUUCAAAUGUACGGUGGAGUAUAUCAACGAAUAAAACAGAAAGGUCCCGCGACGUUGGAAAUAGACUGGAUAAGAGCAGUGUAAGUGUUACGUCUAAUAACGAAGUGUGUAAAAUUGUUUGUCUGCUGAUAAGUUGUGAACGGAAGCAAAGUAAGAAAUUGGGAAUUAAAUCUUUUCUUAUUUUG